CAUGCACUCGCGCUCCAGGAAUGCACUCGGUAAUGAGCAGACAGACCCUUAUAGGAAAUAACGCCUUACCGUGAGAGUGCGUGGUGGACUUUUCUGGCGUGAAACAAAAGGCAAAGUUUUCCAAAUCUGACCGCACAAGACUUUACGCAAACCGAGAUUAGCUCUGCGUAUGCAACGCUGUGUCUGACUGCGCGGCUGACACGGACACACGCCGGUGUCGCGGGAGCUCGCGCUGUAAAGGAACUAACUGUAAAGGAAACGGGAGUGCGGUUCGUUUUUGGAGUGUUUGUGGCUGUGUAAGCGACACUUCAGCUGCUAUUCGGCGUCACACUGUCAAUAAAACAACAGCAACAACAAUUGUGAAGCAGGUUAACAGGCAUUUGGGAAUAUUCACAGAGCCGGUUUGGAGGAAGGAUGCAUUCCCAGGUUUUUUUCUGUGCGCUGAAGACAUUUAAAUCGGAUGCUUGGUGAAGUUUUUGUUUUGUUUUGUGGGAAAUACCACCUGAACGGUGUUUCUAAUACAAAAAGAGCAUUUUAGAUGUAACGAGCUUAGAGAAGAGAAAACAUUAGCUUUGUUUGAUACUUUUUGUCUGUCACUUCCGUCGCUCAUGGAUGUCUUAUUUCCCUCGACUGGCAUUUGUUUUUAGUUCAGUUCCGCAAGCUGACACAUUUGACAGCUGUUUUGGUAACCUGUGCACUGGCUGAAAUAUCGAAGAGAAAGAGCAAAAUGUGACACACACAUACACACACACACACAGACACACGCGCGCGAGCGAGCGUGUAGAGCUGAGCUCUUCGUGUACACCCCUACCUCCUUUCUCCUCCUUUCAGGUAGCCUCCUAAUUCAGGUUUGACUACCCACACCUUACAUUUCUGUGAUAAAAUGAUGAGCACCGGCCCCAGCAUCGUGUACGAGUGGUUGAAAACGCUCCAGCUCUGCCAGUAUGUCGAAGCGUUUGUGGAUAACGGUUACGACGACCUGGAAGUUUGUAAACAGAUCGGCGACCCCGACCUGGACGCUAUCGGCGUGUUCAUACCGCACCACCGAAAACGGAUUCACGACGCCGUGACAAGACUCAAAGACGAGGACAAGCAAGCCGCCUCGGGGCUUUAUUUCACCUUAGAGCCGCUGAUCCCCAGACUGAGGGGAUCCAGGACGUGGACGGAUCAAAUUGGGAUGACAUUCCCGGGGUCACAACGGAACCUAACCCUCCGGAACCGGGAGCUUGUCGUCUAUCCGAAACUGAAACUGAAGAUCAUGAUCAGGGAUAAACUCGUUAGGGACGGGAUUAAUCUGGCUAGGCCUCCAUAUUCUAACAAGCAUUUUGGUAGACUCCCUUAUCCAGACUCAUAUUUAUCUCAUUUAUGCAACUGAGCAGUUGGACGGUAAGGGCCUUGCUCAAGAGUCCAGCAGUGGCAGCUUGGCGGUGCUGGAACUUGAACUCACGACCUUCCGAUCAGAAGUCCAGCGUCUCAACCAUUAGUUAAGGACACUAGUGUCCCCCUUAAAACAUAUAUAUUUUUUUUUAGUAUUGCUGUUCCUUCUCACUAUAAACCCUUUUAACCCUCAACCCCGCCCCAUGGUUUGAACAUCAGGUGACAGGACUGGAACGUGUGGCUCUUAUCGCAAAUUACAGGAAAGACUUGUCAUUUCUUCCUUUCUUUUUUUUUUUUUAAUAUUCUGUUUAUAUUUGUGCUGGUUUGCUUUGUUCUGUGAGAUGCCUAGACAUUUUGCAGUAGUGCUUAGCCUACUGAGUCAUACUGAUAAAUAGCUGAUUAAUCUUAGAAAAAUAUUGUUUGUUUAUGAUUCAGCAGAAACCUGUUAUCUCUCCUGGGCUGCCGCUUGUUUGAAGUUGACUUCUGUGUAAUUUAUCAUCAUUACACAUGAUAAUACCUCAGGCUGUUUUGCUUUCUGCUGAGAAGAAUGAUCUGAAUAAUUUCAUCUAAAAUUAUUCUGCAUAGCACAAAGAACCCUGAGACAAUACGUCAAGUUUAACACCAAUACAUUUGUAUUACAUCUGUAUAAUCAAUACAUGUGAUUCCUUAACUAGAAUGGGUUAAUUCAUGGAAGGUAAAAUGUAUGUUCGUAAAUUUCACUGAUGAUUAGGUAAUUUCUGCAGGUUUUACACCUCAAAUCCAUUGUAUUUUACUGAAUAAUUCAUAUAAUUUUCUGAAUAAUAUGCUUUAACUUGAAUAGCAUGCAUAGCCUGUGAGUAUAAAGGGUAAGCUAAUGUUUUAUUCAUAUGAAUAUGAAACAAACGCAACAAAAAAAUCUAGUACUCAGAAGAGAAAAAUAUACUGCAGUCGUGUCAGGGGUAUGUGGGUGUGACAUUAAGCAUUCACCCAAUGAGUUGGUCCAGUCUAGAUGAAGCAAGACAUGUAAUUUAAUAUGGUUCUGCCUUCUUAGAGCAUAUUUUUUCUGUAUUUAUUCAUAUGUCAAUGGUGGCACUAUUCCACAUUAGACCCAUUCCAUGAGUCUAGUAUUUAAUUAGUGUUUAAUACCAGUUGAGAAAAAAAAAACACUCGUGAUCAAAUUAGUAACUUCUGCUUGUGCCUUUAAUAUUCCGAACCCAGACUACAACCUCAUAGGCCUUGAAUUAACCCGUUAAACUCCCAGGAACUAGAUCCCAAACUUGCAUUCCUCACACUUGUAAUAUAGAACAUAUAGUACUACAUUAUCUACAUUUUACUGCAGUUACUAAAUAAUUACUGGAAGAUAUUAAUUAAAUGUGCUUUAAAAUGAAUAACUGAAUAAUAGGAUACAAAUAAGAGCUUAUUAAGGCAGAGAAAAGGAAUGUUCUUUAAUGGCAGAGUCAUGCACCUGACCUCAACCCAAUUUACUUAUUUAUUUAUUUAUUUAUUUAUUUAUUUAUUCUUUAUUUAACCAGGAAGAUCCCAUUGAGAUAUCACAAUCUCUUCUUCAAGGGAGACCUGGUCAAGACGGCAGCACAGAAAACAAUACCCAUAGAAAACAAUUAAUAAGAGUAAAAUCAAUAAAAGAACUUACAGGACUCCUUUAACACUUUGAAAAAAGCUGUUUAAAAGUACUCAGAGGUGGCAAUAUCUCUCGUUUAACUACAUUUUGCAGAUAGCUCCAGGCCCAGGGAGCAUAAAAAGAAAAAGCAUGUUUGCCAAAUUCUGAGUACACAUUUUAACCAAAUGUGUUAAAAUUGAGCUGCUUUUCACUUACUGAAGACAAAACUGAAGGCAGAAAAACCCACAAACAAGCAGUAACUGAAGACGAACGAAAUAAAGGCCUGGUAAAGCAUGUCAAGAGAGGGAACUCAGCAUUUGGUGAUGUUCUUGGGUUCCACAUUUCAAGUAGUAAUUAACUACAAAGGAUUUGUAUCCAAGUAUUAAAAAUAAUUCUUAUAUUUUGGGGGCCACGCACCAAAGGUGUGUAGGCACCCUAUUGUUAUUAUAAUUAUGUUAUUUUGUCCAAUUACUUUUGCGCUUCAAUCACAUCUUGAUUGCUUCAUUUGAGAUCCACUGUGGUGGCAUACAGAGGCAAAAGUACGAAAAUGAUGUCACUGUCCUAAUACUUAUGGGACCUGACUGUAAGUGUCUAGUAUAUUGGCACUAUAUUGCUGCAUCUUAGUAGUUAUAUCAUACACUUUCUGUCAAACUGUCAAUCAAAGUAGUG